UUUGCGAAGCAUCACGUACCCGAAACACAUCCAAAGGACAUGGAUGAUUGCGUGGAGCGUCGUGUUCGUUUGCUGGUUGCCGAUGGUGCCACAGCAGCAUGUGUGGCUGUAUCAAAAACGGAGAGCAAAAAUGCCUUGGAGCUUUUGGCUCGUGCCGUAUUGGCUUUUACUGAGUUUCCGGACCUGCGUGGCCAGGUUCUCAGUGAAGGUGGUGCUAAGCUGUGCUUGCGUUUGACAAAAGAAGCAACGGAAGAAGGUAAAAUCAAAGCAGCACAUGCAAUUGCGCGACUCGGCACGCAGGUUGAUCCGUCAAUAGCAUUCCCGGGACAAAGAGCCUACGAAGUGAUACAUCCUCUGGUUCAGCUGCUCCAUCCUGAUAUUGAAGGAAGGCCGAAUUAUGAUGCUCUUUUGACGCUCACCAAUUUGGCAAGCAUGAGUGAUUCUGUGCGCCGUCGAAUGAUCAAAGAGCGGAUUGUCCCCAAAGCGGAAGAGUACUGGUACAUGACGGAUCAUCCUCACCUGCGUGCUGCAGCCGCUGAAUUUGCAGAAGAAGAUGAUCGUCUCGCACUUGCAUCAACAGCUGGCUUUGCAAUUUUGACGAGAAGCGACGAAGCAUGCAGGAGAAUUGUUGAUGAGAUGAAAAGCUGGCCGGAUGUGCUCAAAGAUAUUUGUAUGUCCGAGAAUACCGAGGUGCAGCGACGCGGCUUAAUGGCCAUUGCCAAUAUGGUGGAGUCAUGCGAAAAAGUCGCCAGUGAAGUUGUCGCUAGUGAAAUUUUUCGUGUUUUGGUUGCGAUAACGAAACUCAAAAACAAAGAUCGAUCCCCAGCAAAAAAAGAAGCGCAGCGAGCUCUGGAUGCGGCUGUUAAAUGGGGCAUUAUUCGACCAACCGAUCGUGAAAUCUACGAGCAAAAUACAGGCAUUUCUACAGUGCCUGAAGAGUGA